AGACGUAUGUGUGUCCGGUGACCCACUUCAAGUGCCACAACCACGUCUGCAUCCGGAGAGACAAGACCUGCGACUUCGUGGACGACUGUGGCGACAACUCGGACGAAGAGUUUUGCGACCGUCGCUCCUGUGACUUUGGAUACUUUGCCUGUGACAACGGGGAAUGCACUUUGACCUCUCGCCUCUGCGACGGGGUGGAGAAUUGCAAGGAUGGAAGCGAUGAGGAUCCCAAACACUGCGGCGGCUCCUGUAGCACUGCCCAGUUCCAGUGUCAGAGUGGUCAGUGUGUGGCCUUGACUGAUCGAUGUGACGGCUUCUGUGACUGUACUCAUUGUGACGAUGAGUUGUCUGGCUGUGACAGUAACGAGCGCAUCUACUGUCCAGCCCCCUCCCACUUUCGCUGUCGGAAUGACCGGUGCCUGCCCCGGGCAGCUGUGUGUGACGGUGUCAACGACUGCAGGGACGCCUGGGGAGGCACGGAUGAGCUCUUCUGCC